AUGAGCGCCACUUGCACUGUUAGGCAGCGGCGAAGCAGUUGCAGGAGCGUUAGCUCAUCUGCAACUGGAGAGGCCGCCACAAAGUACCAAGGCAGAAGCCUGUGCCGCUACUACGAUCUGCCAUUGUGGCAACGGGACAACGACAAAAUUCUGAGGGGCUACGUGCGGGAAACAGGCUCUUUUUGGAAGUGCCUGGAGUCGCUUUUGUAUUUCCACAAUGAAACGUUGAACAUCUACACCCACUUGAUUCCCGGCGGCACCUACUUGGGGCUGCUGAUGUUCUUCACUGACCUGGUGCUCAUUCCACACUUCCCCUCCACCACUAUGUCAGACUAUAUCAUGAUCAACUUCUACCUUUUGGGUGCGUUUCUGUGCCUAAUGUGCAGUAGCUGCUUCCAUUGUCUCAAACAACAUUCCCAGGCGCACAGCGAUCUGUGGAGCAAAGUCGACUACAUGGGCAUCAUAGUCCUGAUCUCGUGCUCUACCGUGUCCUUGCUCUAUUACGGCUUUCACGAUUAUUUGUUCCACUUCAAGAUCUUCACCACCGCCGUCGUUGUGCUGGGCUCAGGAUGCGCAGCCUUUGUGCUGAACGACCGGUUCAACGCCAAAAACUGGCGUCCGUGGCGCGCCGCUUUUUUUGUGCUGUUUGGUUUUAGCGGCAUAGUGCCAAUCGUCACGGGGCUGGUCAAGUUCGGUAUUGAAGAGUCUUGCAAACGAGUCCAGUUGCGCUUUGUCAUGUGGGAAGCCGUUUUCUACAUUGGCGGCGCACUCAUCUACGGUUUCCGCCUCCCGGAGGCUUUUCUACCGGGAAAAUUCGAUUUUGUCGGCCACAGCCACCAGAUAUUCCAUAUUUUGGUCGUCUUAGGUUCCCUGUGCCAUUUUCGAGCCCUCAUUGGAUCUUAUUUCUUCAUGCACACGGGCAUCAGUAGUUCCCACUUACUAACUUUGAAAGUUUUCUAA